GUUACUAUGUCUUGGAUCCCAACACAAUCUUCUGGGUUUCACAAAAUGAUUUGGAUAUGUUCUUCAUCUCUGCAGUCUAUAGCAAUCUAGGCUCUGGGAGAAUCCACUUUACUACUGUUGCAGUUCUUAAUGGUAAUUCCAUGAUAGUGGCCUCUCAGAUUCACUACUGUCAUUUACUGCAACUAGGUUGUUAGAAGUUAUGGCUAUUAUGGGAUAUAUGUGCAAAUUAAGACAGAUGAUCCUCCAGCAGAAAUCUCUGCUGCCUGAUUCUCCAACCACCAGGAUCUUCCCACCAUGAUAGGCAAUGUAUGGAAAGAGAAGCUAAAAUUAGCCCUCUAUCCUCAUGUGGCUGUCUUCAAGAUAUUUUAUCAAAGCAAUAAAAAAUAUAAGAUGGACCAAGGAUUGACCCCAAGUGAGCACAAAAUAAUGAUGCUCUACAGGAACUUCACAAAUUAUGCUCUGGGAACGACAGUCAUACUGGGUGAGAAGGAAUUCAGAAAGUUGGUGAGAAGUGAAUUUCCAAAUUUUCUCCAGGAAGUACAAGAAACUCCUUUAAGUAUACUAUUGGAUGAACCAAAGGACCGCAGCUUUGAAGAGGCUUUGAAUGUGAUAGGAAGAAUGGGAAUGGUGUACUACAAGAAGAUGAACAACAAUGCUUUUGAACGUUAGCAUCAUCACAUCAAUGUGCAUGGCAUUGAAGAGGGUGGACAUAGCCAUGUCAAGAGCUCCUAAGCAGUUCUGCCCACCUUUCUUCUGUCCAACCAGUGCUUCAAAAAUUUAUCGUCAUAGGCACUGAAAUUGUGGAUGUGUGUGGAAGCUGCAGUGAAAUAAAAUCUUUCUCCACUCC